AACCUGCUUCUGAAACAGUGUUUAAUCUCUGAAUCAUUUCUGUUUCUCAACUAUAAAACACUAGUUACAAAAAAUAAUUUCAGAAGAAAGUGCUUCUGUUUAUAUGGAGGUUAAUUUUGUGGAUGAAAGUGCAUAUUCCUUGCAAUUUACCUGUGAUGGUUCACACUUCAUACUGUUAGUCAGAAAGUUGGGAGUUAAUAUGUUCUUUUGAGCUUUAAGAUUUGGGUUCAUGCUGAAGCUGAAUGCUGGGAGCCCACCCGUUGCAGAAACUGGCCGUGAAUAUGAAUUAGAGCAUGAAAAUUGUUAACUGUCAGAUUAGCUACUAUUGCUAUUAAGUUUAAUCAAUUUCUGAUUUGGCAUGUUAGAAGCUCUUGUCUUUGAGGGGAAUAUAUCUGAUUUGGGACUUGAGAAUCGUGCUGUGGAUAAGCCAUGGCUCCAGGGGAUGACAUGAUGGAAGGGCAUAUUUCUUCACUUAUCGUUGAAUCAUUGCAGUCCAAUCAGAGUGGAGAUGUGCUUUCCCCUGAAGAUCUAGCCUGGGUUGAUUCUUGCUUGGUUAAAGAUGCUGAAGUUUCUGAUAGUGGCUGGAAUGCUCUGAAAGAUGCAUUACUAGAAAUUGUUAGUUCUGAGCCUGGAUCACUUUCCUAUUCUGCAGCAGGAAGUGGUUCUCCCAGAGAAACUGACAUUAUGAUACAUACUCCAAGUAAAGCGGCAGAGACUGCACAGUUCCCUGUACCGAAUGAUGAUGAUGGUGUUGUUCCAAUCCUUGUGGAAUCAGAAACAAACAGUGAUAGUUAUCCAAUUAAUCAGGAUAAUGGUAUUUCAGUAUCACAAAAUUUUCCAGGUGAUGAUGUUACAGAAACUUUUGUGGGAGAUCCUUUUCUGCCAAGUUACAGGGAGGGAAAGGAAAUUUACAAGGAUGGCCAGAAAGAUAGUGGAACCAUUGGUUCUGGGCAUGAUUUAGAUCCUUCAGCUGUUGAAUUGGAGCCCUGCCAGAGGAUAUAUUCAAGGUCUGGGAUUUGGGUGUUUCAGCCAAGGAAGAAGAGUUGUUUACACAAUUGAACAAUACCCUUUCAGAAACUUCCUUUCAAUUCACACCAUCAGCCUCUGAUGAUUCGGGGACAUGGAAGGACUUGAAAGAUGAUUCACUCAAUAACUUGAUUGCUGGCAUUGCUGAUCUCUCCUUGAAUCAAGAAUCUAGUUAAAUAUUUGUGUUUUAGUGAACUUGACCGUUUGUAAAUUGAGUUAGCAGAUUAUUGACAACCAUGCGAAUCCAUUCUGCUCCAUAACAUUUAGAUUUUGGUGUUUAA